AUGUCCCGUGGAAGAACUUAUCCCCGCUGCUUAUUAUGUGGAGAAUUAUUAAGUAAGGAAGGAUAUCGUGAUGGCUCGAUAGCCCAGUCAAUGGCGGAGUCCGAUCCUUAUCACUCAGAUUGUAAAACCAAGCGGGAUAGUAAAAAGGAAGAAAUAAAAGAAGAAAGCCGGGAAUUUUAUGAAAGAGCAAAAAAAUUAGCCGAGGAGGAAAGCAAAGCCAAUUUAGCCCGAAGAAUUAAUGAGGCUUUUUCUUGCCAGGGUUGCGGUAAGUUUAUCGAAUUAACUGAUGAGGCUUAUGCUAUGGAAAGCAAGUCAGGAUAUUAUUGUCAAAAUUGUAUUGUUAGCGAAAACAAAGACAAAGUUAAGAGGCGAACGCCACAAAUUACUUGUUCCUUAUGUAAGAAAAGCAUUGCUAGUGAUUAUUAUUUAGUAGGAGAGCAACCGGUUUGUUUGUCUUGCCAACCACGAGCGAAAUUAAAUCUUCAAACGGCUAAUAAAAUUCUUCAAGGCCAAGUUGUCGAUGUUGAGUCCCUGGAUUUGCCGGCCGAAGAUAAAAUUAAUUUGUCAGCCGCCCAGCAAAUAAUGCAAGGUCAGCCAGUAGAUAUUGAUAAUUUAAGUAUUGAAGAGGAUGACAAAAAUUUUUUAAAAGAAUUGCAAGCUUCGGUUAAUAAGUCAGGCAAUGAUCUUCCAGUUCCAAAACCAAAUUCUCCCCAGUCGCAGUCUCCUAAUAAGUCUAAUAAAUUAUCUUCCAAAGAUUGGGAAGAAAUAAUGGCAGAAGAAAAUAGAACUGAAAACAAAGUUCCCCAAAUUAAAUUAGCCAUUCUUGAGCCACAAAUAACCAAUUGUCAAGCGACCGCUAAUCCGGUCGCUCUUUUAUUGGCAUAUUUUAACGCCCGCUCAGACG